CACGACUACUUUAGAGAGGCGCGGGGUACAGUGUGGCUUCUAGUUACUUUGUGAGUUAUUCUGAUAGAAUCUGCUGCUCUAUCUCUUCGACUUCGAUCAACUUACUGUCCAAGUUAUACACACUUGAAAGAAUCCAGACGUCGUUGUGUCCAAGUAGCCAGUUUCCAGUUCUCAACUCUACCUCCUGGACCCCUGAAAAGACGGCGAAUCCAGGACACAACUCUACCCAACAAACAUACAAAACAGCCAAAACCCAACCACCCCACAAUGUCCUCAACCACAACCCUCCCACCCCCACUCGCCACAAACCCCACCCCCACAACCUCAACCCGCUACACCGCCCCCCUAACAACAGCCCACACCUCCGGCCUCCCCAUAAUCGACAUCUCCCCCUUCCUCUCCGCCACCUCCGCCCCCUCCGCGCGCCACAAAACCGCACAGGCUAUAAACGCCGCCUGCGUAAACUACGGCUUCUUCUACUUAUCUGGCCACGGCAUCCCCGUCGAAAAACUCGACGAGAUACUCGCCCUAGCGCGGCGCUUCUUCGCGCUUCCGCUUGCGCAGAAGAAUCGGAUUAAGCGGUUUGAUGCUGGGGGGGCGGAGGGCGGGGAUAGUGCAAGAGGGUAUCAGGGGCUGGGGGAGAAUGUUACGGGGGGGUUGCAGGAUUUGCAGGAGGCGGUUGAUUGGUAUCGGGAGUGGGAUUUCCCCGGGGAGGAUGGUGGGGAUGGGACGGUGAAGACGCUUCAGGGUGCGAAUCUGUGGCCUGAGGAACCGGUGGAGCUGAAGAGUGUGUAUGAGGCGUAUAUCGCGCAGGUGCAGGGUGUGGGGAAGGCGCUUGUGCAUGCUAUGGGCGUGGCGCUUGGUCUUGGACCGCCUGCAUCCGACGACGACGACGCGGAAGAUGAAAACGUCUUCGUGCGUAACUGCGCUGCUUCCUUCUGGGUCAUGCGCAUGAUCGGCUACCCACCGCUCUCCACCCCUUUAUCCCCCGGCUCAGACCCCUCGCAAUUCUCCUGCGGCGCACACACAGACUACGGGUGCGUCACCCUGCUGCUCACCGACCCCACGCCAGGCGCGCUACAAGUCCAGCUCCGCGACGGCACAUGGCUAAACGCGGACCCCAUCCGCGGCGCCUUCGUCGUCAACAUCGGCGAUAUGAUCGAGCGGUGGACGAACGGGCUUUGGAAGAGCACGCUGCAUCGGGUUGUGCACAGGGGGGAUAGGUAUAGAGUGUCUGUGCCGUUUUUCUACGAGCCCGGGUUUGAUAGCGUGGUGCGGCCGUUGAGGGAGUGUGUGAGGAGGAGUGGGAGGGCGGAGAUGGGGGAGGGGGGGACGUAUGGGGAGCAUUUGCUUACCAAGGUUUUUAGCAAUUUUUAUUAUAGUAAGAGGACGGAUUGGUGA